AUUGGUUCCCUGGCCUAUGAAAUGAGGGCUAUUAUGGUGAGGAAGGCCAAACAGAAGCUACCAGAAUUCCAUCUAUACAGAAGAAUAGGAAAUCAAAAGCAGUACCAGAUUGCAGGGUUUGCAGAGAUUAUUGCCAGCAUGAAAGACUUAAAGGAUGCAGUGGUAGUUCCCGCCACAUCCCCAUUCAACUUGCUUAUUUGGCCUGAAAGGACAACUGGAUCUUGGGGCAUGACAGUGAAUUAUUGUAUGUUUAGCCAGAUGGUGAUUCCAAAAGCCACUGUACCAGACGUGGCUUCAUUGCUUGAGCAAAUUGACACAUCCCCUUGGUACCUGACAUGCAACUUGAUCAGGGAAAUGCUUUUCUCCAUCCCUGUCAAUAAGGCUCACCAGAAGUUGUUUGCUUUCAGCCAAGGCUAGCAAUACACUUCCACUGUCCCAUCUCAGGGGUAUAGUAACUCUCCAGCCCACUACAGUUUAGUUCACAAAGAUAUCGAUUGCCCUCUCUCUCCACAUAGUAUCAUGUGGGCUCAUUACAUAGGUGACUUUUUGCUGGUUAGGUCUAGUGGACAAGAAGUAGUAACUACCCAGUACAUUUGUGCCAGAGGGUAUUAAUCCAACAAAAAUCUAGUGCCUUCUCCCUCAAUGAAAUUUCUAGAGCUUCAGUCAUGUGGGAUAUGUCAAGAUAUCCCUUAUAUGGUAAAGGAAAAGUUGCAUCUAGCUGCUGCUACAACCAAAACAGAGUCACGCCUAGUACACGUCUUUAAAUUUUGGAAGCAACAUAGGUUUCAGUUGGGUGUGUUAGUCUGGCCCAUUUACUGCGUAACCUGAAAAGCUGCAAGAUUUGAGAGAGGCCCAGAACAGCAGAGGCUAUACCAGGUCCAGUUGCCUAUGCAAACUGCUCUGCGAUUUGGGCCACGUGAUUUUGCAGAUCCAUUGAUGUUUAAAGUGUUAGUGACAGACACAGAUGCUGUUUGAGUCAUUGGCAGGUAGGUCCCUGUAGGUGAAUCACAGCACAGACCUUUAAAAUUUUGGAGUAAAGCCCUGCUAUCCUCCACAGUCAGCUACUCCCCUUUUGAGAAAUAUCUCUGGACCUGCUACUGGGCUUUAGUAGAGACUGAAUAUUUAACCAUGGACCAUCAAGUUACCAUGCAACCUGAACUGAAGUGUAAUCUGAUCACCCAAGUCAUAAAAUGCGCAGCAGCACCCUAUAAUGAAAUGAGAAUAUAUCUUCUCUCGCCCAAGCUGUACCUAUGGCCUGAUGGGGAGCUCCCUAUGAUUUUGUUUACGGAUCCUUCUGCUCAAUAUGUAGGUACCACCUGCACAUGGACAGCUGCAGCACUAAGCCCCAUAUUUGUGACAUCCCCGAGGGACAGUGCUAAAAGAAAAUUCUCGCAGUAAGCAGAACUUUCGGCAGUGCACCUGGUUAUUCAUUUUGCGGUGAGAUUAUGACCAGAUAUGAGAUUAUAUAAAUCAUGGGUUCUGGCCAAUGAUUUGACAGCUCAGAGACGCAAAAUUGGUGACAAAGAAACUUGGGGAAGAGGUAUGUAGAUAGACCUCUCUGAAUGGGCAAAAAAAUGAAGAUAUUUAUUUGUGUCCUGCGUGAAUGGUCACCACAGGAUAACCUCAGCAGGAGAGGAUUAUAAUCAAGUGAAUAGGGUGACUCACUCUGUGGCUAUUAUUCAGCCUCUCUCCGCAAACACCCCUGUCAUCAUUCAAUGGGCUCAUGGACAAAGUGGCCGUGGUGGCAGGGAUGAUGGUUAUGUGCAGGCUCAGCUACAUGGACUUCCACUCACUAAGUCUCACCUAGACACAGCUGCUGCUGGAUGUUUAAUCCAUCAGCAGCAAAGACUAACACUGAGCUGCCACUAUGACGACCGUCCCCAGGGUGAUCAAUCAGCUACCUGGUGACAGGUUGAUUACAUCAAACCACUUCCGUCAUGGAAAGGGCAGCAUUUUGUUCUUACUGGAAAACACUCUGGAUACAGAUUUGCCUUCCUUGCACUCAGUGUUCUUGCCAAAACCACCAUCAUUGGUAUGCCACACAGUGUUGCCUCUGCUCAAGGGACUCAUUUCCCAGCAAAAGAAGUGCAGCAAGGAGCCCAUGCUCAUGGAAUUCACUGGUCUUACCAUAAUCCCCCUGACCCUGAAGCAACAGCCUUGAUGGAGCAGUGGGAAGACCUUUUGAAAAAUCAGUUUUGGCACCAGCUAGGUGACAGUACCUUACAGGGCCGGGGCAAGGUUCUCUACAAGGCUGUAUACACUCUUAAUUAGCAUCCAAUAUAUGGUACUGUUUCUCCUUAAAGCCAAAAUUCAUAGUAAAGGGUAAAGGGAUCCAUAAAUCAAGAACUGAAAAUAGGAGUGUUACCACUCACUAUUACUCUAGCACAAUUUUUGCUUCCUGUUCCCAUUACUUUAUGCUCUGCUGGCCCAGGGUUCUUCGUUCCAAAGGGAGGAAUGCUCCCCGUAGGAGACACAACAAUGAUUCCAUUGAACUGAAAGUUAAAAGGCUGCUUAACUUUUUUUGCAGGGCGCUUUGGACUCAUCAUGCCUCUAAAUCAACAGGCAAAGAAGGGAGUUACUGUGCAGGCUGAGGUGAUUGAUCCUGACUACCAAGGGGAAAUUGAAUUGCUACUUCACAAGGGAGAUAAGGAAGAGUAUGUCUGCAAUGUAACAGACACUUUAGGAUGUCUUUUGGUGUUACCAUGUCUUAUAAUUAGGGUCAAUGGAAAACUACAAGAAUCCAAUCCAGGCAGGACUAAUAGACCAAACCCCUUCCAAAAGAACGUUUAGGUCCCUCCACCAGGUAAAGGACCAAAACUGGCUGAGCUGUUUGAUGAGAUCAAAAGGAAUACAGAUAGGGGUUGUGGACAGAAAGCGGCAUUAGAGGCGAAAAGCAGCAGCGAUGCGGAGCGCAAAGCAACCAAAGUCCCUAGGCUUCCCGUGGCGCCGCUCCGGAGCACUGGAGACGCCAGGCUCUGCGGGGGUGGGCAUCCGGACACCAGCUCGGACGACAACAUCCGGCUUAGCCGGCCCCAGACCACCCAGUCGGGGGCCCCCCGGCUCCAUCUGGGCCUUAUCGACCCACCUCUGGAGCCAUCCACGUCUCGGGCCUCUUCGUCACUUCCGGCACGCGCGCCAGCCCGCGGAGAGGGACCAGGCCCGGGCACGCGCGCGCGGCUGCUCGGGGGCGCGCAGGAGGGCGGGGCGGGGGAAGGGGGAGUGUCUGCUUGCGGCCACCGGUCGGUCCCGCGGCUGCUACCGCUGCUGUUUGUGCAGCCGCCGGGGCAGGGGAGUUCGCUGAAGCUCCGCGCUCAGAACUGGCCCAGUGUUCCCGCCGGUGCUCAGGGCAUCAGCGCCGGGAGGACUCACCGCCCUGACCUGUACUAA